CUGUCCUGUGGGUGGCGCCAUGAAGCACAGCGACAGCACAAAUAAUGAAAUAACUUUCUCCUCGUAAUUGGACGAUAGAGAAUUGUACAGAUGAAUGCAUUGUGAUUUGCCAGUCAGUUGAAUCCCAAACGCCUGAAGGCAACAUUCAUAAAGUUUUAGUCUGGCCUCGGUUUUCUAAUGAGAAAUGUGUGCUAAAUGAGUUCAUGGUCAGUGUGAGCUCAGCACAAAGAGAUUGACUUCACUUUCACACAGUCAGUCUGCUAUUAAUGUAUGGAAGGCUGAAGGAGAGGAAAAAGUUAAAGAUGUGCUCGGCAACCACCAUAUGUUCAACUUGUUUUUAGGGCUUUGCUGCUUUAAGGCUGUGUAAUGGGAUCCAUCACUGAAACAAAUCAGAAAGAGUGUGAGCUGACCUCCGAAAAUGGGCACCAAUUUAUACCAGAGACCAGAAGACCUGACAUAGAAUCAAGCUUCACUCGUAUCUGCAGUAAGGAGUUUUCAGAGUCAGAUCCUCUGCUUUUUAAUGCGGGAACAAAACUGGGACAACAUCAGGACAACAUCGGGACAACAUCGGUUUCCUGGACCAUAACGCAGGAUGAGCCUCAGAAUUUUCAUGGCCAGGAGAUGCCAAGUGAGUCGAUCUGGGCCAUGGUGUUACAGAUUUUGGUUCCAUUUCUCCUGGCAGGUUUUGGAACGGUGCUGGCGGGGAUGUUGCUGGACCUUGUGCAGCACUGGGACGUUUUCACUUCUGUGACCGAGAUCUUCAUCCUUGUUCCACCUUUACUGGGCCUAAAGGGGAACCUGGAAAUGACACUGGCCUCAAGACUCUCCACCGCUGUGAACGUUGGCAGAAUGAACUCUUCAGGCGAGAAGUGGGACCUGAUCGUCGGAAAUCUUGCCCUCAAACAAAUACAAGCUACAGUUCUGGGCUUCCUGGCUGCUCUUGUAGCAUCGGCUCUUGGAUGGAUCCUGGAAGAGGAGCUCUUCAUGAACCAUGUAGCUCUGCUUUGCUGUUGCAGCGUGGUGACGGCGUUCACAGCAUCUCUGCUGCAGGGGAUCUUAAUGGUUGGUGUGAUUUUUGGGUCCAAGAAGGUGGGCGUCAACCCUGACAACAUAGCCACGCCCAUUGCUGCCAGUUUUGGUGACCUCAUCACACUUGGACUGCUCGCCAUCAUCAGUCAAGGCUUAUUUUACAGCAUGGAACCUUACCCUUAUAUUACCUACCUGGUGUGUAUUUUUUUCCUGUCCCUGACGCCGGUGUGGGCCAUUCUUUCAUUUCGGCACCCUGAAAGCCAAAAACUGCUGUUUUCCAGCUGGGAGCCAAUAAUAACCGCACUGGUGAUCAGCAGUCUUGGAGGACUGAUUCUGGACCGAACCGUCACAGAUCCACUGCUUGAGGGAGUUGUUCUCUACACUCCUGUUAUAAAUGGUGUUGGUGGUAAUCUGGUUUCCGUCCAGGCUAGUCGUAUAGCCACGUAUCUUCAUUUUCACUGUCCGCCGGGCGAACUUCCAGACGACUCUAAACGAUGUUACUGUCCUUGCCGCAGCUUUUACACCACAGGGCCGAACGGAAGAUCAGCACAGGUGCUGCUCAUGUUGGCCAUCCCAGGUCACUUGAUCUUCGUCUACACCAUUUACCUAAUACAGGGCAGCCCGGCUCCACCCACUGCUUUCUUCAUUUCCUUCUAUUUGGUAGCAGCUUUCACACAGGUGUUUCUCCUGCUGGGCACCGCUGAUGUGAUGGUUCACUGCUUGUGGAAAUGCGGCAGGGACCCUGAUAGCUUCUCUAUCCCGUAUCUGACGGCUCUGGCGGAUUUGUUGGGAACUGCCUUUCUAGCACUCUGUUUUCUUCUAUUGUCAUUGGUGACAUAAAUGUUGAAAUGACAUUGUCAUAUUUCAUUAAACAGAACACUAUCUGAUGUGCUGGUUUACAUUUCUCGGCACAGUUGAACAUUAGUGGAUGACUUUACUUGAAAUAUUUGAAAUAUCAAUCCGUCCCAUACAUGCAGUUCAAUGAAUCACACAUGCUGCCUCAUGUGACAAUUGUACUUCUCCAAGUCACAUGACCAUCUUCACUGAAUAAAGAACAGCUGUUUUCAUAUGUUAAACCUAUGACUGAUUUG